UGGGCACUGAGGUCCAAGCCGAGGGGCCGGGAGGUGUCGCCGCGGCUCCGGGAAGGGCAGGGACUGAAACUAUGUAGUCCUUUAAGAGACUCAUUUUGCCCCGUGUGAAGUCCAUAUGGCUAUGUAUGAUGAAGAUCUACUGAAAAACCCUUUCUAUCUGGCUCUUCAGAAGUGGCGUCCAGACUUAUGCAGCAAGGUGGCUCAAAUCCAUGGCAUUGUCUUAGUGCCCUGCAGAGGGAGCCUGUCCAGCAACGUGCAGUCUGCUUGCCAGUUCGAGUCCUACAUUUUGAUCCCAGUGGAAGAACAUUUUCAGACCCUGAACGGAAAGGAUGUCUUCAUACAAGGGAACAGGAUUAAAUUAGGAGCUGGCUUCGCCUGUCUGCUCUCAGUGCCCAUCCUCUUCGAGGAAACUUUCUACAAUGAAAAGGAAGAAAGCUUCAGCAUUCUGUGCAUAGCACACCCCCUGGAGAAGCGGGAGAGCUCAGAAGAACCUUCCACAUCCUCAGAUCCCUUUUCCCUGAAAACCAUCGAAGAUGUGAGGGAGUUUUUGGGAAGACACACGGAGAGAUUUGACAGGAACAUCGCCUCUUUCCAGCGAACAUUCAGGGAGUGUGAAAGGAAGAGCCUCCGUCACCACAUAGACUCGGUGAACGCCCUCUAUACCAGAUGCCUGCAGCAGCUUCUGCGGGACUCCCACCUGAAAAUGCUGGCCAAGCAGGAGGCGCAGAUGAACCUGAUGAAGCAGGCCGUGGAGAUGUACGUCCAUCAUGAUAUUUACGAUCUGGUCUUUAAAUAUGUGGGGACCAUGGAGGCGAGCGAGGAUGCUGCUUUUAACAAAAUCACAAGAAGCCUUCAAGAUCUUCAGCAGAAAGAUAUUGGCGUGAAACCUGAGUUCAGCUUCAACAUACCUCGUGCCAAGAGAGAGCUGGCUCAGCUCAACAAGUGCACGUCUCCGCAACAGAAGCUGGUUUGCGUGUGGAAGGUCGUGCAGCUCAUCACACAGUCUCCCAGCCAGAGAGUGAACUUGGAGACCGUGUGCGCCGAUGAUCUGCUAUCAGUCCUCUUGUAUUUGCUUGUGAAAACAGAGAUCCCCAACUGGAUGGCAAAUUUGAGUUAUAUCAAAAACUUCAGAUUCAGCAGCUCAGCAAAAGAUGAAUUGGGAUACUGCCUGACCUCGAUUGAGGCUGCAAUUGAAUACAUUCGGCAAGGAAGCCUGUCUGUUAAACCGCCGGAGUCCGAGGGGCCGGGCGGCAGGCUGGUCCUUAAACAGAGGAUGAGUUUACUGUCUCAGAUGACGUCCACGCCCAUCGACUGCCUGUUCAAGCACAUCGCGUCAGGGAACCAGAAGGAAGUGGAGCGACUUCUGAGCCAGGGAGAACAAGACAAGGACGCCGUUCAGAAGAUGUGUCACCCACUCUGCUUCUGUGACGCCUGCGAGAGGCUGGUCUCUGGGAGGCUGAAUGACCCUUCGAUUGUCACGCCAUUCUCCAGAGACGACCGCGGCCAUACACCGCUCCACGUGGCUGCCCUCUACGGGCAGGCAUCCCUCAUUGACCUGCUGGUCUCCAAAGGCGCUGUGGUGAACGCCACGGACUAUCACGGGUCGACGCCGCUCCACCUCGCGUGCCAGAAGGGCUACCAGGGCGUGACGCUGCUGCUGCUGCACUACAAGGCGGACACCCAGGUGCCAGAUAACAAUGGCAACACCCCCCUGCACCUGGCCUGCACCUACGGCCACGAGGACUGUGUGAAGGCGCUGGUCUACUACGACGUGCAGUCGUGCAGACUAGACGUGGGCAACGAGAAAGGGGACACCCCCCUCCACGUGGCCGCGCGGUGGGGCUAUCAAGGCAUCAUAGAGACCUUGCUGCAAAACGGAGCGCCCACCGACGUCCAGAACCGGCUGAAAGAAACACCCCUCGACUGUGCGCUAAACUCAAAGGCCCCGGCGCAGCCUCCGCAGCGCCCCGUGGAUUCCAUCAGCCAGGGGUCCUCCACCUCCAGCUUCUCCUCUGCAUCUGCCAGCUCCAGACACGAGGAGCCCAGAAAGGACUACAGAGAGGUAGAAAAACUUCUAAGAGCAGUGGCUGACGGAGAUCUGGAAAUGGUGCGUUACCUUUUGGAGUGGACAGAAGAGGACCUGGAUGACACCGAAGAGUCAGUCAGUGCAACAGAUCUUGAGUUUUGUCACCCCCUGUGCCAGUGCCCGAAGUGUGCUCCAGCCCAAAAGAAGCUGGCAAAGAUUCCUGCCAGUGGGCUCAGCGUGAAUGUGACCAACCAGGAGGGCUCCUCCCCACUGCACGUCGCUGCCCUGCACGGGCGGGCAGACCUCAUCCCCCUCCUGUUGAAGCACGGUGCCAGUGCGGCCGCCAGAAACGCGGCCCACGCCGUCCCCCUCCACCUGGCCUGCCAGCGGGGCCACUUUCAGGUGGUGAAGGGCCUUCUAGAAUCCAACGCGAAGCCCGACAAGAAGGAUGGCCGGGGGAACACGCCCCUCAUCUACGCCUGCGCCGGGGGCCACCACGAAGUGGCCGCGUUGCUGCUGCAGCACGGGGCCGCCGUCAACGCCACUAACAACAAGGGCAACACCGCCCUGCACGAGGCUGUGACCAGCAGGCACGUCUUCGUGGUGGAGCUGCUGCUGCUUCACGGGGCGUCCGUCCAGGUGCUCAACAAGCGGCAGCGCACGGCCGUGGACUGCGCCGACCCGGAUUCAAAAAUAAUGGAAUUACUUCAGGUGGUGCCGAGCUGUGUGGCCACCCUGGAUGACACUGGUGGAGCGGACCCCAAGGAGUAUGUCACUGUUAAGAUCAGGAAAAAGUGGAACUCAAAAAUAUAUGAUCUACCAAAUGAACCUUUUACAAGACAGUUUUAUUUUGUCCAACCAGUUGGUCAACUGAAGGGAAGAACUUCAAGGGAGCUUACGGCAAGAGAUAGAAGUGUCCCUAACUUAAUGGAAGAUUCUUUGCACGAGCCAAGGCGACCCAAAGGCACACUGACACAGAAGCCGCCGCCAGGCCAGAGCAGCUCUCAGACUGCUGACCAGGGCCAUGGAGACCAGCCUGAGGGGUCUGGGUGGAAGCAGCACAGCGCUCCCGGAAGCCGGCGAAUGCUGCGGAGACACACUGUCGGGGAUGCCAGCGACACGGUGGCCCAGGGCCCAGAGCGGGCUGGCAGCUUCCCCGCACCCCACGAGGCUGGUCUUUCCCAGUCUGAACAGCGAUAAGGAACAUUCCAUUUGCUGCCAAGAAAUGAGUGCUCGACAGGAUGCUGGGCAUGAGCACGGCUGAGGACAAAAUGUCCCUUCAGACAACUGGCUGGAAAGCAAAGCAGAAAGUUCCUGAAAGCUUUCCUAGGCCGAGGAAAAAGACAGCCAGCAACGGAAAACUGACCACCAUCUCUUCUGUCUUCAAGUUAACGAACACACUUAAAAAGGGACAAAAAGUCCCGUGGUGUCCUGUCACUGAAGGCCGGGUGUUUCAAGUGUUAGGUUUCCUUGGUUACGGUGAGAGGUGCCAUCACCAGGUUGACCUCCCCCUGAAAGGUGCUAGGUCCCCACCCCCAGCCCUGUGUGUAGAUCAGCAAGCUAGGGCUCCCCACCCUGGGAAACACUGAGAGCCGCCGCAGUCCAGGCUGCAGGUACCGAGCCGGGCAGACGUGCACAAAGGCGUGAAGACAGGAACUGGAGAAUAUUCCUUCGCAAAGCAACACUUGAACCCAAAGAUGCCUAAAUGCCCUUGUGAAGUUUAUUCUAGAGAAUGAACUAGCCUAGCUCCACACUGCACAUGUGGGAAACUAGGGUUAACUCUGCCCACCGAGCACAGAUCCCCCCCCACGUGCACCUGUUGCAGUGUCUCCGGAAACCUCCCUUCCGUUACGAGCCUCCCUUCGAUGUCACCCUGAGGAAGGUUACUGAACUAGAGAGAUUUGGCACAUCUUUUCUUAUCUCUUGCUUCAGAUCCCAAACUUACAGCACAAGCCAGGUCCCAGUUGCUUUAAGUUAGAAUUUAUUGCCAUUUCUUCCUUUUUAUAAAUUUCUACAGAUUCUACUGUUAUUUUUUUAUGUUACUAAUUGGCCUAGAGCUGCAGACGUGGGUUUGUCCUGAGGACACUUCCAAAUGGCUCUGUCAGAAGGAAUGGUCUCGUGCUCGUUCUUGGAGAUACUUGUGUGUGUACAGGAGGGAGGGGCCCAUUAUUUUUCUACAAAGUAAUUUAUAAUUUCUAAUUUUCUAAUGUGCCUUGGAUAUGUGCCAAAUGAUGGAAAAGCAGCAGUAAACUUUAUGAUUCUUGA